AACCUUUCCCUUUGGCUCUCUUUGCCUUCCCAAAACCUAAAGCAAACUCUCACUAGCUACCUGUAUAAAUACCGACCUGAUCCACGAGCCAUUUACACACAUAAAGUGAAGUGAAGGCUGCAUGGCUACGAAAACCAUCAAUAUUCUGAUCUCGACUCUCGCCUUGUUUUCCAUCUUCCUUUCUCUUGCAAAUUCCACUGAUUUCCAUUAUCCCUCGGUUUUCAACUUUGGAGAUUCAAUUUCUGACACAGGCGGCCAUGCUGCUGGGCUUGGCUUCUUCCUUGGCCCCCCAAAUGGAGAAAAGUACUUCAAGACUUCUUCAACAGGCAGAUUUUCUGAUGGUCGUCUCAUCGUAGACUUCCUCGGUAAUUUCUUCCCCUUUAUUUUCUAUUCUCUGCAAACUUGUAAUACAUGCUUUCUCCAUGUUCUUUUCUUAAUUAUGUUCAUCUGCUUGCCUCUUUCCAAAUCCAUUCACUUCAACUUUCCUUCGGUUUUCAACUUUGGUGACUCAAAUUCUGACACGGGCGAGCUUAUUGCCUCCGGGAUUGAGAGCCUUGAUCCUCCUAAUGGGCAGAUUUACUUCAAAAAUCCAUCUGGGAGAUACUGUGAUGGCCGUCUCAUCAUUGAUUUUCUCAUGGAUGCAAUGGAUCUGCCAUUUCUAAAUGCCUAUCUGGAUUCAGUUGGUGUGCCAACUUUCCGAAAAGGGUGCAAUUUUGCAACUGCAGGAUCGACUAUACUUCCAGCAACUGCAACAUCCAUCAGCCCAUUCUCAUUUGGGAUUCAGGUGGCUCAGUUCCUCCGAUUUAAAGCUCGAGCUCUCGAAUUGCGUGCUAAAAAUAAGAAACUUGACAAGUACCUUCCGAAAGAAGAAUAUUUUGGGCAGGCACUUUACAUGUUUGACAUAGGCCAGAACGAUAUUGCUGGUGCUUUUUAUUCCAAGUCAUUGGAUGAGAUUCUUGCUUCAAUUCCGACCAUUUUAGUUGAGUUUGAAAAUGGAAUAAAGAAACUAUAUGAUCAAGGGGCCAGGAAUUUUUGGAUACACAACACGGGUCCUCUUGGAUGCUUGACUCAGAAUGUUGCCAAAUUUGGAACUGACCCAUCAAAGCUUGAUGAGCUAGGAUGUGUAGGCUCGCACAACCAAGCUGCAAAAAUUUUCAACGUGCAACUUCAUGCUCUCUGCAAAAACUUCCGGGCCCAAUAUUCGGAUGCAAAUGUCACCUAUAUUGAUAUCUUUACUAUAAAAUCCAACCUCAUUGCGGAUUAUUCCAGAUACGGAUUUGAACAACCUAUAAUGGCUUGCUGUGGGUAUGGAGGUCCACCAUUGAACUACAACAACCGCAUUAGAUGUGGGCAGACGAAGAACUUGAAUGGAACCUGGGUCACGGCCAAAGGGUGUCCGGACAGUACUGAAUAUGUGAGUUGGGAUGGAAUUCAUUACACUGAGGCUGCAAAUCAGUUUGUGUCAUCACAGAUACUCACUGGAAAAUAUGCUGAUCCUCCUUUCUCAGAUGAAAUGCCUUUCCUUCUGAAGCUCAAGUUUUAAAAGUUCAAAACGCCUAUUAUUGUAAUUAUUAAAUUCUUUUGUUUCCCUUAAAUAUUGUCUUACACAUGUAAUUCUAAGCUAUCAUUCAAAACUUCUACCAAUAUGUAUAUUUAGUAACUGGAAUGGUCUUGAUAUAUCUAAUGGAUACGAGUUGGU